UUGUUUCUCUCUUCACUUGGCGCCCCCUGGAGGAGAACAAAUUAACUGCCGCGAUAACCCGGAAAUACAUUCUAUCUCCCCUUGGUUGCACGUGCAGAAGUCCUGCUCGGUCCAGCAUGGGGAAGUCCAAACAGACCGGAAACCAUAAGGGCGACAAGAAGAAGAACAUCGCUAAGAAGUGGAAGACGAAGCGCCGGACCAAAGAUUUAGACCAGAUCCACUCGGACAUGAAGCCGGAAACCGCGGCCAAGCUGCUGCGUCAGGACGUGGACUAUGACGUAACGGGAUGCGCACAACACUACUGCUUACAUUGCGCGCGAUACUUUGUCGACAUGCGAUCCAUGAAGGAGCAUUUCAAAACCAAAGUGCAUAAGAAGCGGUUGAAGCAACUGAGGGAGGAGCCGUACACGCAGGCGGAGGCGGAGCGCGCCGCAGGGAUGGGAUCCUACAUCGCCCCGAAAACCGUAGAAGUGAAAACGCAACCUGUGGAGGAAAACAUGGACUGAACACUGCUAAACGCACAGACUCUCAUUAACAGAAACCUUCUGUUAUUUAUUAUCAUCACAAAGCUGUGAUUUUUAUGGCGGCUUGUAACUUUCUGCCUUCUAUAUCCACGUAAACAUGGAAUAAUAAACUAAAAAACUACAUGUUAAAAUUCUAGUUUUCUCUGAAAUCAAUGAAUACUUAAAGGUAAUUAAUUAUUAGUAUGCUUUCGAGUUGAUGUAAUUUUGCAGUAUUCAAAUAAAAAACUGAUUUGGUAAGACUGAUAAAAUGA